AUGUUGUUUCAGUCUGCUCUUGUCGCCGCCGGCCUGCUGGGCUCCCUCGCAGACGCCCUGCCGACCGAGGCUCGUGCCGCUGGAACCGGCCGCUUGACUGUAUACUGGGGCGCGGAAGACGACAGCACGACGCUGGAUGACGUCUGCGGAGACAGCUCCUACGGCAUUGUGAACCUGGCUUUCUUGAACUACUUUUUCAGCGACGGCGGCUAUCCCUCCAUCGCAAUCGGCGACCUCGACGGCCCGUCCGACGCUCAGCGCAAAGCUGGCGCAACGGGCCUCAAGGAUGGCUCGUCGCUAGUCCCGGCGAUCAAAAAGUGCCAGGCCGCUGGCAAGCUCGUCAUUCUCUCCAUGGGCGGUGCCAACGACUACGCCGACGUUACGCUCAAGGACGACGCCCAGGGACAGCAGAUCGCAGACACUGUCUGGAACCUCUUCUUAGGCGGCACUAAGAAUAGCGAGCUCCGUCCGUUUGGAGCCGUGAAGUUGGACGGCGUGGACCUCGACAACGAGUCCGGCAAUCCCACCGGCUACCUGGCCAUGGUCAAGCGAUUGCGCUCCAACAUCGCCUCCGACAGCAGUAAGAAGUAUUACCUGACGGCAGCUCCCCAAUGCCCGUAUCCCGAUGCGUCGCAGCCCCUGGACGUCUGCCAGCAGCUCGACUACGUUUGGGUGCAAUUCUACAACAACGGCGAAUGCAACAUUGCGAAGUCGGGUUUCAAGCAGGCCGUCAAGAACUGGAGCAAGGGGAUUGGCAACGCGAAGCUCUUCAUCGGCGCACUGGCAAGCGGUGCCGACGGCGAUGAGGGCUACGUCGACGCGGCCACGUUGACCAAGUCCAUUCAAGAUGUCAAGAACAUGAACCUGCCUAACUAUGGUGGCGCCAUGCUCUGGGAGGCACAGCUAGCUGUCAAGAACGGCAACUACCAGAAGAAGAUUGCUGCGGCGGUGUAA